UUUUUCCUGACAUUUUCUCGCUUAUUUAAGGAUGAAACUUUUACCAUGUCUAAUCAGUCUUUAUCACGGCUAUUGAAAACCCUGCAUAACCUUUUUUCCUCGUCAGAAAUACCCCAAAAGCUGCCUCAUGAAAUCAGUGAUAAGAUAUCACAAUAUUUGAAAAAACAUGAUAAUCCAGACCUUUUUGAGGUCCAGAAACUGCAGGAACAGCUUCUAGAUCUAUAUCGUAUUGGUAUGGAGCGAAAAAGCAUGUUUUUUCAUGGACUUUUUAUAUGUUGUUUAAGAAAAUUUAAGUCGCUAUUAAUUGGGAAAGAAUAUACAGAAACAUGGUGGAAUAUUAUUGUUAAACAUGUAUUUAGUUCUCCACAACAGCAGAGAGAUAUGCUUUUGGAUGCAGAAAGUAUUCUUUUGAGUAUAAUGGUUUUGGAGGAGGGUACUAAAGAUCGUUUUUAUAAAGAAAAGCAGGAAUGCUCAGAGAUGAUUAAGAGGUUUCUAUUUGAGUUUUAUCUAGAUCAUUCUAAAGAGUCAUUUUCUUCUGUUUUAAAAAAAUCUUUUAUUGAGGAUGAGAGACGAUAUAUUUCUGCAAAUAUAGAGUCUAUAUUGAUAAGUUAUGCAAAACAGAGGACAAAAGCAUUUUUUAAUGACAUUGAUGCAUAUUUUGUUCAGAAAAAAUAUAGACUUCAAGUUCUGACUCUUCUUUGUGCUUUUGUGAGGUUACAGGGGCCUUAUUUAUAUACUAUUUUUGAAACACCUUUAUUUGAGAACUUGCUAAAUUGUCUUGAGAAUGAUAGUUCUACAACGGUUAUAUCGUUAUCUUUGACUAUUUUAGUUAUGUUUAUGCCUCAUAUAUGUAAUUUACUUGGAAAAUACUUGCCACGUCUAUUUAAGAUUUAUGUAAGGGUUCUUUGUUGGGAUCGCUAUGGAGCUAUUCAGAAACAUUAUGAUGUAUUGGACAAUGAGCUUGAAACCAAGAAUCAAGAAGCCUUACAGAUAUUUAAUCAAUCAAAUAUUGAAUGGGAGAAGCUAGAUUCAUUAUUUGAUAUAUCUCCUACUAUACCGCCUAAUUGUCUUCAGUUUUUUACAUUUAUUUAUGGUUUAUAUCCAUUGAAUUUUCUAAAAUUUCUUCAUAGUGCACAAACAUAUCUUAAGGAAAAAAAGGAUCAAUAUUAUAUGUAUUUUGAUGAUGAUGUAAUAAGGUCUAGAAGCGAGUCUCUUAUUAAAAGACAUAUAAUUCAUCCUAAUCUAUUAUCAUUUACAUUUGAAACAGAAAUAACUGAUCAAACUCGUUGGAUGAAAUUAGAAGUUGCUGAUAUUGUUGCCAAGUGUGUUAGUUUUGAUAUAUUUAAUACACCACAAUUAUUUUCAAGAAAUACUGAUACACAAUAUAAACAGGAUGAGAAUAACUUAUCUGCUGAUAAUUUUAAACCAGCAGAAUUAGAAACAGGAAAAUCAAAGGAUUCUUUAUUUGAUCGAAAUCAGAAUCAUUUAAUGUCACAUAUAUUUUUCUCUAAUCCAGAAAAUAUUAUGUCAUCACAUUUUGACACAAAUUUAAAUCAAAGCAUAGCACCUGUUAGAAUAGAUGAUAUGUUGAAACGAUUUGAACAAUUACAUUCUAAUUCUUCUGUGUAUUCUAAUUCGGAUAUUUUAGAAACAGGUCAAAAAGAUAUAUCAUUAAACAAUCUUUCACCAAAGUCAAAAGAAUCUAUAGUUUUGAAAUCAGAAACAGAAAAGCAUGUUAAGGAUUCUGCUUCUUUGCCUUUAUUUUCUAAAACAGUGGAAUCUGAUGCUACAGUUGCAUUAUUAAAGAGAGAAAUUCUUCUUUUGCAAAAUGAGCUUAAUUUUGAAAAGUAUCUGAAGCUUCAACACUUACAUCAUUUAAGUCGCCUUAAAAGAGAAUAUAUAUUAGAUUUAUCUGUAGAAGCAGAACGGCAGAAUUUAUAUAACACAACACGAGCAUUAAAAUCAAGACUUGUUAAUCUCCAAACGACUCUUGAUAGAUUAAGAUCAGAAGCAACAACUCGACAAAAUCAAAGAAUUAAACGGGAAACUGAAUUAAAUACGAAAUUGAAGUUAUUACGUGAAGAACAAAAAUGUCUUAAAAGUGAUUAUGAUAUUAUGAGUGAAAAAUUGGAAGAAUCUCAGAAAAAUAUAUCAUAUCUUUCUAUACAAUUACAACAUAGUAAUUCUGAAAGGUUUAAAUUAAAUCAAGAACUUAAAGAAUUAAAAGCAGAACAAUUAAAAAAUAAAAAAAUGGAAGUAUCUUCUUAUGACAAUAGUGAACAGAAAAAAAUUCAGUUUGAAGAAUCAUUUAAAGAAAAAGAUGAAUUGCUAAAGAAUGCAGAUAAAACAAUCUUUGUAUUAAAUCAAAAACUUCAACAAAAAGAACAUGAAUAUGAUAUCAUAAAAAGCCAAUAUAAUCUUUUGUUAAUUAAAUCUAUGGAUAUUCCCUUUCAUCAUAUAGUUAAUACAGAAAUUACUGAUUCAAAUACUUUUCAUGAAGAUUGCUCUUCAAAAUUAAAUAAUAACAUAUCAUCAGAGGAAUUUAAUCUUCUUGAAAAUGCCCAUCAAAAGCUAUUAUUGGAUUAUAGAGCUAUUCAGUCAGAAAUGGUUUCUAAAAAUUCGCAAAUAGAAAUUUUGCAGCAGAAAAUUGCUAAAUACCAAUCUCAAAAUAGCUGAAUACUGACUUUUAGUUAUUUGAUGUGGGCUUCCAAGACUAAAAAGC